CAUGAAUCCUUCGAAAUGAGACCUUUAAAACUGAUUGCAGCCCUCUCGUAUGACUUCUCUGUUUCUUUCAAUCUCAGUGAUCACCUGUCACAGAAAGCAACUGCAAUCAAUAAUUACAUCCUACUGGUAUCCAGUCUCUGCCGCCAGCGAAGAAGCACACACACUUACGAACUCUGUCUCGCUCCGGAUCCUGAGUCAAAUUGUUGAGGUCUUCCUUUCAGGAAAUGGCAUCAUUGCUUACUCUACCGCUGGAGAUCUUGCAACAGAUCUUAGCCGAACUCGCCGACAACCAACCAGAACCACCCAGCUUGGAGUACACUGUCCCUCUCUUCAGUUCCAAUACAACCUCGGCUAUACUCUGCCAGACAUGCCGCAGUCUCCGUGAGAUUGCUGAGCCAGUCCUUCAUCGACACAUUUACAUGCGAAGUGCGAGUGUGAAGAGGUUCAUAUCACUAUUCAGGUGCUGGAAAGCGCGGCCUCACUGCGCUCAGUACACUCGAAGACUCACAAUCGAGGCAAGAUCACGACGCCAUGAAGGGUUUGCCUGGCGUGCAACAACGCGUCUGAUUGAUCUUGAAGAUGCCGAUUUCGUUUCUAGCAUCAUCCGAGAUGUAGGCCUAAAGAUACGAUCCGAUUGGUUCGAGCAUGACUGGAACAUCAACGUCUUGGUGGAAGUAGCCAUGUUGCUGGCACAGAACGCCGAAUCCGUGGAGUUGUUGUUCCAAGACCAACGCGGCGUCUAUCGACAACCCUUUGACAUGAUUCCUCCGGACAAGGCAACGAAGCCCAUCCUCUUCAAUAAUCUUCGACACCUGCACCUGAUGCAACCAGGCCCUAGUUCUAUGGACGAAUUCAAGUCUAUUUUGGACUGCACACCAAACCUUCAACGACUUCGGCUUGAUUUUUGCGGCAACCCCAUGUCCGUCUUCACCCUUCCGCCCAAUCUCACCAGUCUCAUUCUACGGCGUACCAAUCUCGGCGCACGGCAAUUUCAAUCAAUGACCUCAAAUUUCACCAUACUACGCCAUCUGGAGCUUGAUUUAGACGGCUCCUCACGAGAAAAGUCUAUCUUGGAGGCCAUUGCAAAGCAUUGUAGCACUUUGACGAGUCUCAUAUUGAUAUCUGGCAAAGCUCUGCCCUUUGCAAAGCUGAAGAAUCUCCACAAACUCAAAUCUCUUACCACAAGCAUCGAGACUGUCCAGCCCGAGGACUUGUUAGGCUCGGUUCCAUUUUCUUUGCGUGACUUAUGCAUUUUGGAAGAAACGAAUGGCGGGACUAUGCAUCGACCUGAGGCGUGGUUCAAAGACUUCAACGCUGACUUGGACGCACGAUCGGGAACCCUACCUCAGAACAUGGUCAUCCAUAAAAGGAUUAUGUUCUUUGGCAGAAGAUGAGCGAGUGAAGUCAGUGACAAUGCCACUACAGUCCCGGCGACUUCUGCUCGCCGCAGUACGUAGUAAUUCGCCAAUUCUAAGCAUAUGAUGUUUGACUCGUAGACGGAAUCAGAGAAAAGAUAUUCAGAUGUGUGUAAAGUAAAUACAUGUACAUUGAAGAAGCAUGGUAAGAAUACGAGCG